AUGGUGUCAGUAUCCGAUGGCGAUGACUCCGAUGCCGAAAUGUCGGUGGACUUGGAUGCGACGGAGGUGCCGGAAGGCUCCGACGUUGACAUGGAGGUGGCCGAUGAGGAGGACCUCAAUAACGGCGGCGUGACCCGGUCUCAGAUUGACAAUCGCAUUGCUGCCCUUCACUCGGAGAACAAUGAAGCUAUGCAGCAAAUCAACACCAAAGGCGAACCGGGACACAUUCAGCAGAUCGUCUUGCAGAACUUCAUGUGCCACGAGAACUUCACUGUCAACCUCGGGCCUCGCAUCAACUUUAUCAUUGGCCCCAAUGGAAGCGGCAAAUCUGCUAUUCUUGCGGCGACUAUUCUAGGCUUUGGCAGUCGUUCUUCACACACCAACCGAGGCUCUGGUUUAAGUAGUUUCAUUAAAACCGGUCAAAGUCGUGCCAAAAUUACCAUCAAGCUUUGCAACUACAUUGACGACGAAACCAAAAGCGAAGGCUAUCGUCCGGACAUGUACGGCAAAACAAUCAUUAUCGAGCGUGUGAUUUACGCGACGAACGUCAGCAACUACAAAAUUCGCGAUCAGAACGGUAAAGUGAUUUCCGAAAAGAAGGAAGAGGUGGACAACAUUACUAAGCAUUUCGACAUUCUGGUGGACAACCCGGUGUGCGUGCUCACUCAGGAAAUAUCUAAAAACUUUCUGAACAGCAAAAACCCCAAAGACAAGUUCAAGUUUUUCACUAAAGCCACCCAACUUGAAGAUGUUAAAAGAGACUAUGAAACUGCUCUUUCACACAAAGAUAACUCUGUUAGAGUGCUUGAAGAUAAAUGCUCAACUAUUAAGAUGUACCAAGUAACGCUGAAAAAUUACGAUAAAAAAGUUAAAGUGAUCAAAAUGUUGCAAACUUCUGUUGAGAAAAUGAAGACUUUGGCACAAGAAUCGUUCUGGGCUAUUUGCUAUUCAAAUAAGAGAGAUCUUGAUAAAGAGCAGGCCAUUUUUAAUGCACUUGAGGCAAAGUAUGAACAAGCCAACAAGAACUGCGAGGAGUCUGCACAAAAAAUGGCGCACCUUCAGUCGAAAAAAGACGAGCUCAUUCAGGAUGUGGAUAAUCUGACUAGUCGCGUGGAAGCUUUUAAACUCGAACUCGAUGCUGCCGCAGCUGAGUCAGAGAAUGCUGAAAGAGCUCUGGCUUCAAAGCAGCGAGAAAUUAAUCGACUGACAACUGAAAUUCGUCGUAACAAGCAAAACAUCCGAACUGUGAAAACUAGAAUCGAGGGCAUUGAGCUGCAGAACCGAGAAAGAGAGAACAUUGACUUUGAAGCUGAAAUUGAGCAAAUCAGAGCUCAAAUUGAAACUGUUGAAGAAGAGCAGAAUGCUCUCAAGGAAAAGAUUGCAAAGCUACAGGCUGAACGAGAGGAGUUGAGCAAGAAACGUUCCCAUUAUGCUGAAGAUGAACGUAGAGCUGUUGCGCGCUUUAAUUCUGCCAAUUCCGAAAUAGAGCGUCUCAAUCGGUCUCAAAAGAAUCGGUAUGAACGUUAUAAGCCCAACACCAGUCGUGUUAUGACGGAAAUUGAAGCGGCAGUGCAAGCUAGACACUUCAAAAGACGGCCUUUUGGUCCAAUCGGCGAGUACAUUCAACUUCAGGAUCCCAGUGCAGCGUUUGCGGCUGAAACUCUACUUAACAAGAAUACCUUGUGUGCCUUCAUUGUGGACAACUUUGAUGACAGCAAAAUUCUCAAGAAGAUUUUUCUGCAGUGCUAUGGUCCGAAUGCUUAUAGUCAUCCUGAUAUUAUCGUCCGGAAGUACGCCCCGCUUCAUGACGUCCAGCACUACCAGGCUCAGUCAGAGUUUCCCAACUUUCUUCAGCUGUUCAACAUCAAAGAGCCCGAAGUUGCCAACUGUCUGAUUGAUCAUUUCAGCAUUGAGAAAAUGCUCUACAUUCCCAACUUUCGCCAAGCCCAAAGGCUGCUGAUUAAUCCCGAAACUGCUCCUCGCAACUGCAUCAAAGCGUUCACUGAACAGGGCGAUACUAUGAUGCCUGCCACCGAUAGAAACGACUACAAAUGCUACCCGAACAAGAAUCCUUCAAAGACUCCGACAUACUUAAUUCGUGAUUUCACUCAAGCUAUUGCGGAGUAUAAAAAUACUGCUGCUUUUCAGAAGCAGGCUUCCACUGCGGCUCGACAGGAGAUCAACGCUGCUGAUCAACAGCUGGGUGUUAUCACGAAAGAGAUUGGACAGACGGAUGCUUCGUUUCGGGAGAUUCGAAUGAAGUUGAUUGAAAUGAAAAAGAAGCGAGACGAUCUGAUGGAAAAGGCUCAAAUUCAACCUGUUGAAGUGGUCGCUCUGAAGGAAGAUGUUGAGCGCUUUACGUUGGAACUAGAACAGUUUGAGAUCGAAGAGAAGAAGUGCAUGGAGGAGCGCAAUCAACUGAAGGAGGUGUACACUCAGAAGACCAAUGUAAAGAAUGAAAAGGAAACGCAGUACAAUGAAAUGGUGCACUCACGUGUGCCUACAAAUGCGAAGAUUGAGAACCUAGACCAUCAGUUGAUUCAGCUGAAUAAGCAAAUCGAACGAAUCAAUGCUCUCAAAGAAGAAGUUUUAAGUAAAAAGCGCGAAUCAGAAGAGGUCAUUCAGCAGAAACUUGAGCAGUACAAUAUUUCCCGCGAGGCUGCUUUGAAAAGCACCAAUGGCGAAGUUAUAGAAACUGAACGUACGCUGAGUGACGUGAAGGCGGAAAUUGAGCGGUUUAAGGAGAUAAUAGCCGAGAACGAGGAGAUGGCCAAUCCUGAGAAGCAAAGGGAAGUGGUUGCGGAGUACAAGAAUCUCAUGGCAGUAGUGAAACGACUCGCCGGCGAGUUCCAGAUCAUGAACAACUACAUUGAGCUGCUCAAGGAGACGAUGAAGAAACGCAAGGCUGCGUACCACCAUAUGCGCUACUACAUGACCCGAGUUAUCAACUUCUUCUUUUCGCACGUGCUCAAGCAGAAGGAGUUUAGCGGCUCCAUAACGCCGUACUUCUACGACAUGGUGGGCGAGGAUGGGAAGCAGAAGAAGGCGCAAACCCUGGAGGUGGUCAUCUACCCGCGCAACAAGGAGCAGUUUGUCGGCGAGAACGGCAGCAGUCAGGCGACCGAGGCGGCCAGUUCCAUCUACUCGACCACCAAGUCGCUGUCUGGCGGGGAGCGCUCCUACUCCACCGUCGCCUUCAUCAUUGCCCUCUGGCAAAUCUGCCCGUCGCCCUUUCGCCUGCUGGACGAGGUGGACGUCUUCAUGGACAUGGUCACUCGGAAGAUCAGCAUCGACACCCUCAUCUGGUUCGCCACUGAGCGCUCCAGCAAGCAGUUCAUCUUUCUGUCGCCCCUUCACAUGCAGAAGCUGGACAAUCCAGAGUGCGUCACCAUCAACUUCAUGCCAGAGCCUGAACGUGAUUGA